GCCUAAUCAGUACCCUCAGCACCCUCAGCACCCUCAGCACCAGGCUCUCCAGGUAGUGAGGCCCUUUGAUGGCGUUUUGAUGCCCUCUGAUCCCUUCAGUUCUCGACCGAUUACGACAUUCAUCUCCAUGUCAAUCGUGACCACGCGACCCUCGCGCGAUUAGGCUGCCACUGCCACGCAUCUUGAACGAAUCUACUCGCGUGCCCUGCCUUCAGCUGCGCUGGCCGUGAGCAGCUGUUCUCCUUCUCGUGCCACGUGGAUGGCGCGGUGAGUCGCUCUCCCUACGAUGAGGCGGCGGCGCCGCUAACAGCCAGCCAUGGGCAUUCGAAUCACAAGCUGGAAUGUCAAUGGCAUUCGCAAUCCUUUCGGAUACCAGCCAUGGAGGGACAGAAGGACCUUUGAGGGCAUGUUUGAUAUCCUGGAGGCAGACAUAGUGGUUUUUCAAGAGACAAAGAUCCAGAGAAAAGAUCUUCGAGAUGAUAUGGUCUUGGUACCUGGUUGGGACAAUUAUUGGAGUUUACCAAAGCACAAAAAAGGAUAUUCUGGUGUCGUCGUCUACACGCGAAAUGCUACCUGCGCCCCCAUCAAAGCAGAGGAAGGCAUCACGGGCAUCCUCACUCCUCCAAAUUCCUCCACCAGUUUUCGAGACCUGCCGGAUGAAGAACGAAUCGGCGGCUACCCAAACGCGGAACAACUAGCAGAAGCUGAUUUCGAUCCUGCUACCCUCGACGCCGAAGGCCGAUGCGUUAUCCUCGAAUUCCCAGCCUUUGUUCUCAUCGGUACCUACUGUCCUGCCGAACGCGACGAGACACGGACGCACUUCAGAUCGAGCUUCCUGCGAGUGCUCGAUGCGAGAAUACGCAAUCUGGCGAGGAUGGGCAAGAGGGUUGUGUGGACUGGAGACCUCAAUAUUUCACGGGAAGAGAUUGACACUGCGGCUGCCGAAGAGAGCAUGAGGAAGCACGGCCUGGAUCCAGUCGAGUGGAUCUCCACACCCGCCAGAAGGAUGUUGAAUCAGCUGCUUGUGGGUGGAAAAGUUCAUGGUCCCAGGGAUGAAGGGAGAGAAACCCCGAUCUUGUGGGACCUAUGUCGUGCUUUCAACGAAGGGCGCAGAGGAAUGUACACAUGUUGGGAGACAAAAGUCAAUGCUCGACCUGGAAACUAUGGCUCAAGAAUUGAUUAUGUUCUUUGCUCUCAUGUCAUGAAGGAUUGGUUCCGCGAUGCCAACAUCCAAGAGGGCCUCAUGGGCUCGGACCACUGUCCUGUCUACGCGGUCACGAAAGAUAGGGUGAUGGUGGACGGAACGGAAAAGCACAUACUGGACAUUGUCAACCCACCGGGUAUGUUCGAAGACGGUGUGCGGAAACAAGAGUGGUCAAACAAGUGUCUGCUUCCCAUGUCUGGCAAGCUCAUUCAGGAGUUUGACAAGAGGCAAAGCAUCCGAGAUAUGUUCACCCGGAAGCCAUCAUUGCCAAAGUCAACGACUACGGUCAGCGAGACUGGAGACAACGCCACCAUGAUGCGACCACCAUCACUUCCUGCUGCACUUCCUGCUGCACUUCCUGCUGCACCACCCACUGAGACCGCCAGUUCACCACCGAAAGAAGACAAUACGCUAUCAAAGAGCACUUCAAACACAUCCACCAAUUCCAAAAUGGUCAAUGGCAAGCGCCCGGCCAAGACAGAUGCGAUGCCAGCAGCGAAGAAAAGCAGAACGCAGUCUACCACGAAUGGCCACGGUAAGGGCCAACAAAGCCUGAGAGGAUUCUUUGCAGCCAAAGUGUCUGCUGCAGUAACGAGCAGUGAUGAUGUCGCUCCAGCUGACACAGCGAUUUCCGAGGAGGCAACAACAGAAGCCAGCACCCCAGCAGCCGUGGCCGUUCCCUCGCCGUCGAAAUCAGCCUCCUCCCUCGAAGACGAAGCAGCAAACUUCACCACGAAGCAGACUUGGGGCAAGUUGUUCUCCAAGCCUGUUGCGCCCAACUGCGAACAUGGCGAGCCGUGCAAAACAAUGCUCACGAAGAAGCCAGGAGUAAACUGCGGUCGAUCAUUCUGGAUGUGCAAUCGGCCAUUGGGUCCAAGUGGGAAGCAAGAGAAAGGAAGCCAAUGGAGGUGCAAUACAUUCAUCUGGGCCAGUGACUGGACGCGUACACCUGAACCUGGUUGAAAAGGGGGAGAAUCGUGCAGCCACGACAUAUAAGCAUCAGGACAAGAGCUGAACGAGUACGCAGCAGGGCGCACCAGCGCUGCUGUGCAUCCGCUGUCUUGAUGCAAGCUCAAAACUCCUGCAGAUUGUCGCUUACACCGGGCCGCUGAGCGCAUAGCUCCUGCUGAGGCCAACAUCAGCUGCGAUCGGCAACACUGAACCACUUCGCUGGUAUAUGAUACGGGCAAUGGCAAGACCUGAUGCCGUGCAGGUCACAACGAGGAUAUGGUUGAGAAGCAGCUUCUGCUCCGCCCAAUUUGCCGGCUAGUCAGGACUACUAAAUGAUGCCCAGCUUUGAGCAAACCGCAGCGCAGAUGCAUCUCGUCUGACUCAUACAUACUCGCACCACAAUGACGAACACCAGUCUGAAGCCCUCCUGUUCGCACCUUGCUUGCAUCAUCUGAUAAAUCCAGCCCGAAGAUCAACGUCCGCCGUCCGCCGUCCUUCGUCAUCUGCAGUCACCCGAUCUGAGCGGAAGCAUCACCCGGACGACAUCUUCAUGAGUCACUUCUGCCAUACCGCCUUUCCAGCCUUCGCGAUCCCGCUCUCCCAAUCUUCAACUCAACCCCUCAGCCCAGCCUCCUCUCCAGCCUUGCAGCACAGCGACGGAUCACCGCCUUGCCCAGCCUCCGCCUUUGGGAAACCACAAUUCGAGCACAUGAACCACUCCAUCUCUCGGGUGACGACUACAUUGGCUUUGGUGGCCAUCCGACGUGAUAGAAAGAGAAGUGCGAUACAAAGGAAUCGUCGUACCAAUAUUAUCAUACCUCGUGCUGAAGGUGUGCACUGUCUGUACUGCGAUCUCUGAAAAUGUUGUGACCCCCUGUUAGUUACAUAGGCCAGGUUCAGUUUUCAAAUUUUUCUAGGACGAGCAUGCCUUGCGAAGUAGUUUCUGGUGAUGCAGGUGCACGACACCUCGACUCGGAUGACUAUCAAGAUUGGACGAACUUGGAGCUAGCAUUUAUCCCACCAUAGCAUCUGACACGCGCUUAAGACGCGAGAAUCUCAUCCAGGGUACGAUCUUCGUCUAACAUUCUCUCCUCUGCCUGUUGUGUUUUGACACGGACGAAUUCCACCAGAGAGUCCCGUUCUUUUGAGCUCAACAACUCGAUCCGCUCCUCAAUGGAAGUUAGUGUGCCAAAAUAUUCUGGAUCAAUGAAGCGCCAGCAGAUAUCGUCAAAGGCAAAGCUCGAAGUGGCCGCCAAACAGAACCAAA